AUGGACGAGUUCGCCAGGUUCCAAGCCGAGAUGAGCGCCUUGGACGCCGAGGCGACGCCGAAGGAGGACGCCAAGGCGAACGCGAACGCGCCCAAACCCGCGACCUCACCGCGACCGGCGCCCGCGGCGCGUCCGGUGGCGCACGCGCGGGCGACGAUCGCGCGCUCGGCCGAGCGCGUGCCCGCGGGGCCGACGGCUCGGGCGGUUCCGCCGCCGCCGCCACCGAUGAUGAUGCGCGCGGCGACGGGCGCCUCGAGCGGCGGCUCGGGCGUGGGUGCGCGGUUCAAGCCCAUCGGUAAGUCGCUCGCGCGCGCGGCGGGAGGCGAGAGAUGGGAAGAUUCGAGCCUGGCGGAAUGGCCAGAGAAUGAUUAUCGCAUCUUCGUCGGUGACUUGGGGAACGAGUGCACGGACGAAAUGCUCGCUCGCGCGUUCGCGAAGUAUCCGAGCUUCGCCAAGGCUAAGGUGGUGAUGGAUAAGCAGAAUCCGGGAAAGAAUAAAGGAUAUGGGUUCGUUUCAUUCCUAGACGUCGUCGAUUACUCGACGGCGAUGAAAGAGAUGAAUGGGAAGUUCAUCGGGAAUCGACCCGUCAAGCUGAAGAAGUCGCAGUGGGAUGAGCGAACAGAUGACAAGCGCCAGGCGAAGGGGAUGGGUGGGACGAAGAAGUCGGUCCCAAUGCACAAGAGAAAGCACAUCGCAAUCGGGCCUUCGAUCAGAAAGUGA